GAGACAGAAGCUGUAGGGAAAGAAACAGCACACAGGCUUCACACAAGGACUUUAAAACCCACUGAUUCUUUUUGAAAUCUAAAAAGAGAAGCUUGAAAUGUCGCUCCUCCUCACCGUGCUGGACAAGUUGGCUUAUUUUCUGUCUCUCAUAGCGUUCUGUGUCAGUGUGUCCUACAGCUGGUUGAAAUGAAGCUUCUCUGACAUUUCAGUGGAUUUUUAACUAAUGAUCCUGAGGUUUGGUUGGGGGUGAAUUAGGAUGAUUUUACUCUGUGGACACCUGACACCUGAGCGUGAGUCUUUGGAUGGACCGGCAGCAGGCAGACUGCAGUGGUUUUAUUAGUAAUCUGCGAUGAUCUCACCUGGCUGUUUGCUCUGCAGGUGUAAGUGAAGACAGAUCACGAUGCUGCAGUGGGGAAUCCUGAGGUUGUACCAUGUGUUUGCACUGGUGCUGUGUGUUUCAACCAGCGAGGACUUUGACUGGACCAGGAACGACAGGACGUCUUUCUACUACGGCACCUUCCCAACCGGCUUCUCUUGGGGAGCUGGCAGCUCUGCCUAUCAGACUGAAGGAGCCUGGAACAUAGAUGGAAAAGGAAUGAGCAUCUGGGACGCAUUUGCCCACAAAAAGGGGAAAAUAUUAUAUAACGACACAGGAGAUGCUUCAUGUGAAGGUUAUUACAAAUUCAAGGAUGACAUCAACCUGAUGAAGGACAUGAAGCUGAAUCAUUACCGGUUCUCCAUCUCCUGGCCGAGGCUUUUACCAGGCGGACUGAAGAGUGAACACAUCAACGAGAAAGGCAUCAAAUACUACGACGACCUGAUCAACAUGCUGCUGGACAAUAAGAUCACCCCCAUAGUGACUCUGUACCACUGGGACUUGCCUCAGGUGCUGCAGGAUAAAUAUGGCGGCUGGCAGAACGUCAGUAUGGUCAACUACUUCAACGACUUCGCCAACCUGUGCUUCGAACGGUUUGGAAACAGAGUCAAGUACUGGAUCACCUUCAACAACCCCUGGUCCAUCGCUGUGGAGGGAUAUGAAACAGGAGAACAUGCUCCUGGAAUGAGGCUGAGAGGAACCGGAGCCUACAGAGCUGCUCACCACAUCAUCAAGGCCCACGCUAAAGUCUGGCACACGUACGACAUGCAGUGGAGAAGCAAACAGAAAGGCCUCGUCGGCAUCUCUCUGACGGCCGACUGGGGGGAACCGGUGGACAUCUCCAACCAGAGAGACAUCGAGGCAGCAGAGAGGUACAUCCAGUUCUACAUGGGCUGGUUCGCCGCGCCCGUCUUCCACGGAGAUUAUCCACAGGUCAUGAAAGAUUACGUAGGCAGGAAAAGUGGCCAGCAGGGCCUUGGAGCUUCUCGACUUCCCGUCUUCUCGCCUCAGGAGAAAAGUUACAUCAAAGGUACCUGCGACUUCCUGGGCCUUGGACACUUCACCACCCGAUACGUCACCCAGAAGAACUACCCUUCAGGCGUGGGAGACAGCUACUUCGCUGACCGAGACCUGGCCGAACUGGUCGAUCCCCAGUGGCCGGAUCCUGGAUCUGAGUGGCUCUACUCCGUUCCAUGGGGCUUCAGACGCUUGUUGAACUUCGUCAAGACCCAGUACGGAAACCCGAUGAUCUACGUGACAGAAAACGGCGUCUCAGAGAAGAUGCUGUGCACGGACCUGUGCGACAACUGGAGGAUGCAGUACUACAAGGACUACAUCAAUGAAAUGCUCAAAGCGAUGAAGGAUGGGGUGAACGUGAAGGGCUACACCGCCUGGUCUCUGCUGGACAACUUUGAGUGGGAUGAAGGCUACUCGGAGAGAUUCGGUCUCUUCUACGUCGACUUCAGGAACAAGAACAAACCCCGAUACCCGAAGGCCUCGGUCCAGUACUACAAACGCAUCAUCAGCUCUAACGGCUUCCCCAAUCAGAGAGAGGUGGAGAGCUGGAAGAGGAAAGCUGUGGAGACGUGCUCCUCCAGUAACCAGCUGCUGGCUGCAGCUAGAAGACAGUCCCAGGGAAACAUGCAGGAACAUGCAGCAAUGCAAAAGGCUUGGCCAGUGCAUGAUGAAGUUUAGACCCGCUGAUCGGCCACAUGGAGAUGGUGACGGAGAUCGUGGUUCCUACAGUCUGUACGCUCUGCAUCCUCCUCAGCGCCAUCUUCCUCAUGUUCCUGCUGCGUGGACGCCUCUGAACAACAACCAACCAUCCUCUGGUUCUCAUCAGAUCAGAAGAAAUGAACCCGAGAGUCACUCCAAAGCUGUAAAUCUCAUCCUGUCCAGAGCCUUUUGUAGAUUUAACUGUCUUUUUUUCAGGAGUCAGAACCAGCCAGAACCUGUCUGGAAGAAUGAUUUCAAGCUUGGUACAUUAUUAUUAUGAUUAUUAUUUUUUAAAGAACUGGUCUUGUGUGGUUUUUGAUGUAGCUUUAUUUUCAUAGCUACUCAGGCUACCUGCAGAGAGGAGUUGGUUUACUGUCAACAAGUUUGUAAAAUCAAUAAUUAAACUUCAAUAAAAGACAUUUUUAAGUGGUAAA